UCCAAUCAGCGGGAGCUCUGCGGAGUCUUUCUGCUCUAAUUGGAUGGAGAUGGCUGAGGAAAACGCAGCCUCCGCACAACGUAAACACAUGCUCGCCUUCUGUGCACCGCAGACAAGAGUGGAUGGAGUGAGAGAAACUACCAAGCGGACGAGGGAUUUAAAACUGAAGUCAUUCAUGGAUUAGAACUGGGACGUCAGCAGAACAGCAGAUACGAGAAACAUCUGAAGAUUUAUGCUUUGGGGAAUGGCAACAGCAACAUCAAGUCCAUACCUUGCCAGCAGCAGGAUUUUAUCCGGGCCGGUCCUUCACUCCGAUCGGAGGGUUGGUGGAAUGCAGCCUGGCAGCACCGCUGUGACCACGGUGUCCAGUGGCUACAGAGGGGAGCCUGCUGUAAAGAUGGUGCAAGGUGACUUCAUGCAGGGAGCCAUGGUGGCGAGCAAUGGGGGCCACAUGCUAAGCCAUGCCCACCAGUGGGUCACGUCGUUGCCUCACGCCGCAGCUGCAGCCGCGGCCGCAGUGGCAGCGGGCGAGGUGGGUUCCCCGUGGGCCCCCAACUCCCAGCCGCAGGACACGAAGAGAGGCAGGGAGGAUCUCCAUACGGGCACCGCGCUGCACCACAGGUCCCCACAUCUGGGACCCCACCAGGCGCACCCGGGAAGUUGGGGAGGCACCUCCGCGGCGCACAUCAGCAUCACCGAGGGGCAGCAGCAGCAGCAGCAGCAGCAGCAGCAGCCCCUCAUCUACUCUCAGCCCGGCGGGUUUACAGUCAACGGGAUGCUGAGCUCGCACGUGGGACAGAGCCUCAUGCACCAGGGCCUGGUGCGAGGGGAGUCCCCCGAACUGGACCACGGGAACCACCAUCAUCACCAUCACCACCAUAACCACCACACUCACCAUCACCAGCACCACGGGGUGAAUCACGAAUCGCACUCAGACGAGGAUACUCCGACGUCUGAUGACUUGGAGCAUUUCGCGAAACAGUUCAAGCAGCGGCGGAUCAAGCUGGGUUUCACGCAGGCGGACGUGGGCUUAGCUUUGGGCACCCUGUACGGCAACGUGUUCUCCCAGACCACCAUCUGCAGGUUUGAAGCACUUCAGCUGAGCUUUAAGAACAUGUGCAAGCUGAAGCCUUUGUUGAACAAAUGGCUUGAGGAGGCCGACUCGACCACGGGGAGCCCGACCAGUAUCGAUAAGAUAGCCACUCAGGGCAGAAAGAGGAAAAAGCGCACGUCGAUCGAGGUGAGCGUAAAAGGCGCGUUGGAGAGUCACUUCCUCAAGUGCCCCAAACCGUCCGCGCAGGAGAUCAACUCUCUGGCGGACAAUCUGCAGCUGGAGAAGGAGGUGGUCAGGGUCUGGUUCUGCAACCGCAGGCAGAAAGAAAAGCGCAUGACGCCACCGGGACUGCCUCGGACCCCGGAGGACGCGUAUUCACAGGUGGGCAGCAUGGGUCCUGACACACCGUCACUCCAUAGACUGCAAGAGGAUGUACAGCGACACGUGAAAAUAAAUGGGAACAUUUUGAAUCUAAGAACGUAAGAAAAUAUCUGAUGUUUCCGCAAAUUCUAGGAUAACUUUUCUUACUGAUCCACAAAAAUACUGUUGUCCAUUGUGUAUUCUCCUCAAAGCGGGAAAAAAGUCUACUUUUAUGCAUCCUCGGGUAUUUUUCUGCACUAUGAAUCAGCGGCACAGAACGGCUUGUCUAGUCUGAGUAGAAAACAAUUCCAAGUUGAUUAAAGGCAAAGUUUGUUUAGCAAAACGUCUACUGAAUGGGUAAUGUCAAUCUGAUUCCUUGCAGACCUAUUUCAGCAUCUCUUUUAGGAAUAAAAGUUCCCAUAUUGCUGCAGAGUUUGGUGUUGCGCAGGUUUGACUGGACUGCAUUGUUUUUUUUAUAUGAAAUACAUUGAUCUCAUGCGCUUUAUUUAGCUUUGUUUUUAAUGAGCAAUAAUUUACAUUCCUUCAAACGUGUUUCUGACUUUUGUGUUGUGUGGCGGUGGAUUUAUGUUGUGACAAAGUUUAAGAAUUUACCAGUAUUGUGUUUCCCUUAAUAGAAAAGUCAUUUUUAUCAAAUUAGCAAACGUUCCCUUAAGUUUAUGUACAAGUUAAUCUUCUGUGUAUUCAUGUAUAAUGCUUUGGACUAUUUAUUUUUCCCACUGUGUAUAUUUUCAUGGAAUAGACUAAUUAUUUAAUAAAUUUGAC